UUUUUCUCAUCUAUUGUUUUGAUACAUUUUUUUGGAAUCUAACUUAAAGUUGCGUAAUUAAGGUGGUGCAUGAUAUAAAAAAAAGUGAAAAGUCCUGAAAAAGUGAAAAACUUCUUAUAAACAAUGUUUGAGAAUUUACUUGUUUCUAUAAAUAUUUGGAAUUUCUUUGUGUCGCGUUGAUUUUUUGAAAACAGAGAUUUUCAUGAAAACAUACUGUUUGGAAACGAUAUAUUUGUAUAUUUGCAGUUCCUUUCUAUUAAAUUUGCAGUUCCUUUCUAUCAAAUUUGCUUAUACCGCUAAGUCGGAAUGAAAAUAAAGUGAUACAGUGAACUGAAUAAAAACGUGUUCUUUAAACUUUAAACGCUAGUAGCGUACACACAAUGAGAAGCUUUCGACGCAAUUAUAAUAUAAUUAAUCAUUAGUUUAUCAUUUUCUAAUUGCUGGAUGGAGUAAGUGAUGGAUAGUAUACAUUGGAAUAUUACAAUCUAAUUUUUUCACAGAGCAACAAAUAUGGACAGUAAUAACGAUGAAAUCAUUUGUAUUUCAUCAGACGAUGAUGAAGAUACAAGAAAGGUUUUAUUAUUUAAAAACAAUACUGUUACCAAGCAAGAGCCAGUUAUUAACCUAUUGAAGGAUAAUUGCAAUUCCCCAUCUAAUUCUCUAUUAAGUAGCACAAAACUGGAAAUUUCUUUGAAUGAUAAUAAAAAAGUAAAAGGAUGUGUACCUAAAAGAAAAGCAUCUGAAAUAAUUGACGAUGAUGAUUCUUACGUUGAAAGAAACUUUAAACUUGCGUGUAAACAAGGAGAUAGUGUUAAAGCAUAUAAUUUGAAGGAAGAAACAAAAAAGGAAGGAAUGAAAGAUAAAACAUUGUUGAGACCAAAGUUGAUUGUGAAAGAGAAGAGAACUAUUUCUUCUGUGGAGCAGGAUAUAUUCCCUAUGUUUAUUAGUUUAUGUUUGCAGAAAGAUCGUUCCGACGACAUGAAAAAGAUCGUUAAUAAAUUAAAAAGACGUUAUGAACAGUUAGAUCCUUCGUAUGCUAAUUCUGAAGCUUUCAUUGAUUUUUUAAAUAAAAAAAGAAAUGAAAUAAUGGAGAGUAAUUGUAAACUUUACACAUAUAUAAAUGAAGUAAUGAAUGAAAUGAAAAAUAGCUCUAAAGGAAAGUGGACGUUAUCAUCAAAUAGCAAAAGUUAUUUUUCUGGUGGAAACAAAUUAAAUAAAAAUAAUAAUUCAAAUAUAUCUACUGCAAUGUGUUCAAAUAUGUCACACACAAGUAAUAGCAUAAUUAAUGAUAAUGAAAUAGCGUUAACUAAUAUAAAUGAUGAAGAAGAACAAGAAAAGGAACUUGCUGUACAAAAGAAAAUUGGUAAAAUACUAAAAGCAAUGAAAAAGUGUGAGAAGAUUAUAAAAAAACUGGAAGAAUUGGAAAUAGAUUUUGAUGAUGAAAAUAAUAGUAGUUAUAUCAAAUUAGAAAAAUAUAAAUAUCGAAUGGUGGAAUUGUAUAAUAAAUAUUGUGAAUACUCUGGUGAAAAUACUGAUGCAGGACGUCAAUAUCUACGACCAAAACAUUUCAGUACAACUGGAAUUGUUUCUGUAGAUCAUGCUAUUACAAGUUUUAUUAAUUCUAAAAUAUUGAAAAGGAAUAAAUUGAAAAAAGUUGGUGAUUUUACAAAAGCAUUAAUCUUUCCAGAUUACAAUGACAUUUUAAAAUGUGUUACAAAAUGUGAUGAAUUGCAUAAUUUAGGUUUGACUGAAAGAACAAGACAAGAUAUUGCAAAAAAAGCAUUCACCGGUUUAGGAGAGUAUCUGCAAAGGUGUCGACGCAAUGAUUAUUGGGACACAUUUUCCUUAUUUCUUGAAGGUAAAGAAGAUGAUCCUGCAUUGAAGGAUACAGAAUUAGCCGAAAAAUUGAUACAAAACAAGAAGACGGGUGAGACUAAAUUGUUAAGUAUAUUUGAAGAGUAUACAAAGAAGCAAGAACAAAUGAAAGACAUUAAAAGAUCAUUAAUAGAAAAUGAAGAUGAUGAUGAGGAUAGUGCAGAGAAUAAUGAUGAUGAUGAAGAAGAUGAUAAUGAUAAUAAUGAGAUUGAUAAUGAUGUUAGUGACAUUGAUAUAAAUCUGGAUACAGAUAACAAUAAAAGUAGUUCAUCUGAAAAUGAAAAUAGUAUAGAUGAGAUUGAAAUAGUUAAAAAUAAAACAAAUAUAAGAGCCAAGUCUACAGAAAAAGCUCAUUCUGAUAUAGAAAUGGGAGAAAUAUGUCAACAGAAUAUUAGUGAUAGAUUAAGAGGUUAUGAAUAUGAUAACUUAACAUCAGAGAAAGUUAGCAAUGUGAAUACAUCCAAUUGUAAAAAUAAUUUUAAAUUAAAGCCAAUGAUAGAAAGUGACACAAUAUCAGCGCCAGAUCUAGUGAAACAUUUAAAUACCACAUCUAAUAUAUCACUAUCAAUUACAGCAAAUAAUAAAAUCAUUAUUGAUAAAACAAAAGAAAAUGAUCCUAAUACAGUAAGUGAAGAUUUAAUGGAUGAAAAGUCAUUAGAAGAUAAGGAAGAAGAUACAGAAGAAAAGCCAUUGUUACGAGUACGCUCUUUUGCCAAACCUCCAAUCACAUGGAAAGAUGGACAAGAAAAGAUAGACGAGUGUAAUAAAAAUGAAAAUACAGUAAAGAUAUCAACCACUAAGGAUACCGUAGACCUUACAGAAGAUAUUACACAAGAAAAUUCGGUUCGUCAACGUGCAACUAUUCAGGUAAUUCCUCUAGUAAAAGGUAGCUGUAAAACAUUUGUAAUACCAACAGGUAAAAGUAUAAUUAAUGUAAAAAAUAUUACAAAUACUUAUGUGAGCUUCAAUCCGAAGAAUACAGAGUCAAAUGCAAUUAAAUUAGGAAGCAGUCAGAUCAUUUCUCCGUUACGAGUAAUAGAUAAAAAUACAAAAUUUAUUGCUAUAAAUAAUAUAUCAUCGAAUUUACCCGCUAAUCAGGGAACAAAUACUAAUACAAAUACAAAAUUCAGAAACGAAACAAAUACUAAUCAAAUACAAAAUUCAGAAACGAAACAAAAAAGCACAAAUUCUGUGCUUCAAUCUAAUCAAAUGGUAGUAUUACCCAUGAAACAAAAGGAAAAUACGUCGCAAUCUCCAAAGACGAAUUCAUCAUCGUCAGAAUCUAAAUGACUAGUUAAAGCAAUUCGACGUGAUCACUGUUAUGCAAAAUUAACAAAUGACAGGUGACAAAUAGAUUACAUUAAAUAAACGUAAUAAUUUUUUUACGAACGAUUUGUAAUUAGCAACAUUGUAUCGGUAUAUUGAUAUAUGAUAUUAAAUAAAUUUUUUACGAAUAUUAA